AUGCCAUGUCGCUAUUCUAGCUUCUCUCCUCACAGCUCCUCACUUCACAAACAAACCUUCAACCAACAAGCUCACGCUUCAAACAACCAACUACUCAAAAUGAAGGCCUCCGCUGUUCUCUCCCUCGUUGCCCUUGCUGGCCUCACCAUCGCCGCUCCUGCUGUUGGCAAUGACAAUGUCCAUGGUGGUGGUAGCGGGGGCAUUCACAGGCGUGGUGAUGGCUGGGGAGAGAAGCCCGAAGCCGUUGCCGUCGAGGAAAUCGGAGUCCCCGUUGCUGUUAAGAAGCCCCAGGAGCACUGGCACAAGCCCCAGCCUGUCCCUGUCAAGUCCGACGAGUACUCCAAGGAGGCUGGCAAGAAGUGGGGCAAGGAGGGCGGUUCCGCUGGUGAGGAACACUACAAGAGCGUCCAGGACAACGAGUCCGCAUCCUUCAGCAAGAGCUUCGGCGAGACUACCGAUGACAAGAAGGGCAAGAACUGGGGUAAGGAGGGUGGUGAGGAGAAGGAGAAGGAGAAGGGCAAGUCUCAGCAGUAA